UCAUUUACAUGUUAGCUUUUCAGCCACUGAACUGACCGUUAAUAGCUGAGAAGGGACAGAAAACGAGACAGAGAAGAACGACAGCUGACGUCUGGAUUAAAAUGUCUUUAAUUCUGAUGCUGCUGCUUCAGUUUCCGGCAGUGACUGGACAGUAUUACAGCAGCUUUGUUGUUGGAGAUGGAGAAGAAGUGACUUUGCCUUGUGACAACAGGAGAGCUGAUCUGCACAGAUGUGAUGAGAUUGACUGGCUCUUCAUUGAUCUUGAAAACAGAGCAACAGUUUUGCUGGUUAAGCGAGGACAGAUUGGUGAACAGGCCAAAACCAAAUCAGACAGACUGAGUGUCACAAACAGCUGUUCUCUGGUUAUAAAGAAGGUCUCAGCUGAGGAUGCUGGUCGUUACACCUGCAGACAGUCAGGACAUCAAGAUGUUAAUGUUGAUCUGUCUGUGGUCACCAUGACUGAACGUGAGGACGCUGAUGAGGUGACAUUAAGCUGCUCUGUGGUGACAUAUGAGCGAUGUGGACACACAGUGAAGUGGCUGAAUGAGGGUGAAGAAGUGAAUGAAGGUGAAGAUGACAUGAAGACAUCAGGGUCUGACUGCUCAGUGACUGUGACACUUCGUUCCUCUUUUGUCAAGCAAAAGUCAAAGUAUCGCGAGCAGUUCAGGUGUGAAGUGACUGAUGAAUACACUGACACAGUGCAGCAGUUCACCUUCAGGCAUCAGUCCUCAGGUGAGAAACCAGCAGUGACUGGACAGCGUAGCCCCCACUUUGUUGUCGGAGAUGGAGAAGAAGUGACUUUGCCUUGUGACAACAGGAGAGCUGAUCUGCACAGAUGUGAUGAGAUUGACUGGAUCUUCGCUGAUCAUGGAAACAGAGCAGCAGUUUUGCUGGUUGAGCGAGGACAGAUUGGUGAACAGGCCAGAACCAAAUCAGACAGACUGAGUGUCACAAAGAACUGUUCUCUGGUUAUAAAGAAGGUCUCAGCUGAGGAUGUUGGUCGUUACACCUGCAGACAGUCAGGACAUCAAGAUUUUCAUGUUGAUCUGUCUGUGGUCACCAUGACUGAACGUGAGGACGCUGAUGAGGUGACAUUAAGCUGCUCUGUGGUGACAUAUGGACCAUGUGGACACACAGUGAAGUGGCUGAAUGAGGGUAAAGAAGUGAAUGAAGGUGAAGAUGACAUGAAGACAUCAGGGUCUGACUGCUCAGUGACUGUGACACUUCGUUCCUCUUUUGUCAAGCAAAAGUCAAAGUAUCGCGAGCAGUUCAGGUGUGAAGUGACUGAUCGUGUGACUCAAACAGUGCAGCAGUUCACCUUCAGGCAUCAGUCCUCAGGUGAGAAACCAGCAGUGACUGGACAGCGUAGCCCCCACUUUGUUGUCAGAGAUGGAGAAGAAGUGACUUUGCCUUGUGACAACAGGAGAGAUGAUCUGCACAGAUGUGAUGAGAUUGACUGGCUCUUCGCUGAUCCUGAAAACAGACCAGCAGUUUUGCUGGUUAAACUUGGACAGAUUGGUGAACAGGCCAGAACCAAAUCAGACAGACUGAGUGUCACAAACAGCUGUUCUCUGGAUAUAAAGAAGGUCUCAGCUGAGGAUGUUGGUCGUUACAUCUGCAGACAGUCAGGACAUCAAGAUGUUAAUGUUGAUCUGUCUGUGGUCACCAUGACUGAACGUGAGGACGCUGAUGAGGUGACAUUAAGCUGCUCUGUGAGGACAUAUGGACCAUGUGGACACACAGUGAAGUGGCUGAAUGAGGGUGAAGAAGUGAAUGAAGGUGAAGAUGACAUGAAGACAUCAGGGUCUGACUGCUCAGUGACUGUGACACUUCGUUCCUCUUUUGUCAAGCAAAAGUCAAAGUAUCGCGAGCAGUUCAAGUGUGAAGUGACUGAUCGUGUGACUCAAACAGUGCAGCAGUUCACCUUUAGGCAUCAGUCCUCAGGUGAGAAACCAGGUGAGGAAGUAACAACAACAAUAGCAACAACAACAACAACAGCAGCAGCAGCAGCAGCAACAACAACAACAACACAAGGCGCUCGUACAGAUCGUUCUGUUCUGGACUACAUGAUGUUGGUUCUGCGUGUGGCUGAACUCCUCCUCAUUACUCUGAUUGCUGUUCUUCUCAUCAGAGCUGCAGGGAAGCAGAGACCACCUGAUGACAACACUGUUUCACACUCAGUCAGAAGGCGGACGGCGAGGCGUUCAGGUGCAGCAGCCGGUCAGGUAAAGGUCAGCUCAGACAGGAGGUGGUGGUGCGUUCAGGUGAAUAAUGAUGAAGAUGAAGAUGAAGGUGUGGUGAAAUAUGAAAACUUUGGAGAAACUUCUGCCUCUGUCAGCCUCCACUGAUCAACAACUUCCACAUCGACAUGAAGUCAUGAGAAAAAAGACUCCACUGCAGUUAAAUAACAUCACAUUUACACGAGCAGUCGAAGCUUUUAGACAACAAAAACCUGAUGAGAUCAUUUUCAGUUUGGGACGACUGCUUGUUUUUAUUUCAUUCAUCAAUGUGAGAAAUGUUUGUGCGUUUUGUGUGCUGAGACAUUUUAGUGUGACUUUGGACAACAGCACUGAUUUCAUCUCAUAUCUGGAAGUCCACUGUGAGUUUUCUAAAACGUCUUCUCCUCCAUCAGCUGUGAAAAUCUUUAUUUUCUGCAGUCACUUUAGAACUCAGCAGGUGGAUUUCAGCUUCCUGGAACAGAAAAGAUCAUUUAACUCUUGUUGUUUUAGGAUUUCCUGGUUGCUGCUGAAGCUUGAGCUCAGUUUCGUGUGUGUGUGUGUGUGUGUGUGUGUGUGUGUGUGUGUGUGUGUGCAGAUGUUCAUUUGAAUUCACUUUGACUCAGCGUUGUUGCUAACAUAUUUGUUGUGAUGUGUGUGUGUUUGGCUUGAAUGUGUUUUCAGUCUUCAUGGAGUCAGUAACAGUCUUCUUCAUCAUAUCCUCACAAUAUAAUCUGCAAAUAAAGAAAUG